AUGGCUGCACACGGUGCAAGACUGGGCAUCGAAAGCCUAAGCACUCCAUCUCCCUUGCCGUCGGAAAAUGCCAAUGGUCACCCACCGCUGGCGCUGGACGACCUGCGCCUUCUGCACCACUGGCUCAAGGUCGACGCAGCCCUGUUCGAGGAUCAAGAUGCCGAGUCCGGGAGACGAGAGCGGGACGAACAAGUCGAACUGGCAUUCGCACACCCUUACUUGAUGCACACCAUCCUGUCCCUGGCCGCUCUUGAACUGUUCCAUCGGGAACCGGAGAAGCGCGAAUAUUACUACCAGGCAUCUUCUCACAACCUUGCUGCGCUCAGCCAUGUCCGGCCAAACAUCACUCAAUCCAGUCGGGAACACAGCCAGCCUCUGUUCAUUUUCUCGGCGUUUACGUCGUUGUACGCAUUCGCGGAGCCUCCGUUGCGCCUGCAUGCUGGGCACACACAGUCCUGCGAGGACACUCUGAACGAUCUGUUCCAGGCCUUUCGUAUGGGACGAGGCAUCCUCGCAGUCAUGAGUUCGAACGAAAAGCACCUGAGAGAAGCCGGCAAACCGAACGGAGAGAUCUGGCCCGACGAGACUGACGGGGUCAUGCCAACACUUGAAUCUGAUUACCCUCAGCUCCAAGUGCUUUUGGCCCUCGUAGACGGCCGCUUUGAUGGAGACCACAGGACUGCGGUCCAUGAAGCUGUUGUCAGAUUGUUCGCCAUUAUGUCACUGCUUCAGCGCCGCCCUGCGAAUCAUUCCAGUGCCAGACUGAUACAAACAUGGACGAUGCAUGUGGACACAUCUCUCAUCAAUCUGUGGGAGGCACAGGAGCCGGUUGCUCUGAUCAUUUUGGCUCAUUACGCAAUACUCUUCUCUGAGCCCAGCGCUUUCAUACCAGAGUGGUCGCUGGCGGAAGAAAAAGUCUAUCCAGAUGAGCGGUCGAACCUUGAGGACCUCGUGCUGUCGUUCAGCCUUGGUGGAAGAGCGUACAUCGAUCGAAACCUAGCAUACAUCGAGUUGAGCAUAGUCAUUGCUGCGCUGGUGCUUUAUUUCGAGUGGAGCCUGGAUGGAGAGAAGCAUGGUGGCGAUAGGGGGAUGGAGAUCGUCGAGCGCUCGAAUGUCAAUCCAGAAGAACUGUGGGUGGAUACGAGGCCACUGGAUAAGUAG